AUGGACAAGUUUCAGGGGGUGCUGGACUUGCACUUCAAGCACCGCAAGGCGCUAGGCUUGGGCCUGGCGACCCUGCUGACCGUGGGCGGGGAGCGCAUCUUCUCCACCACCGUGUUCCAGUGCCCCUGCACCGCCGCCUGGAACCUGUGGUACAGCCUGGCCUUCCUGCUGGUGCCAGCGCUGGCGCUCCUGUUCCUGGGCUUGCUACUGAACGCGCGCCCCUGGCGCACGCUGACCGGCUGCUGCCAGUCAAAAGCCAGCUCCACAGGAGCCUCGAAGCGCAACACCAACACCGUCUGUGUGUGUUGCGAAGUCACAGCGGCCGUCCUGCUCGCGCCCCUCACGUGGGUGGCGGUGGCGCUGCUCGGGGGAGCCUUCUACGAGUGCGGGGCCAGCGGGAUCGCGGCCCUGGCGGGGUCCCUGUGCUCCGGCCGCCACCAGAACUGCACAACCCAGCUGCCGCUGGUGCCCUGCGAUAAGGCCACCGAGUCCGACGUGCAGGACCUGCUGAAAACGCUCAAGGCUCAGUCUCAGGUGGCAGGCUGGAGCUUGAUAGCAUUUGUCAUCACCAUAUUUAUGAUUGCCACCUGUAUUUCCCGAUGCCUAUCUCCGGUUAGUUUUCAGCAGCGGAAAUUCUGGAAAAUCUAUUUGGAAGAGGAGCAGAAGAUCUUUAAAAGUCAAACCACGGAGCAUGCAACUGGACUGGCAAAAGAGAAUGUUAAAUGUUUCUUUGAGUGCAAGCAAUCAAAAGGGUACAAAAUCCCAAGCAGUGAAGAAUGGCAUCAAAUCUCAUCAAUAUAUACUUGCAACCCAAAUAAACUGUACUACAGCACACUGCACAAAUAUGUUAACACAGAAAAAGGGAAUGUCAGCAUCUCAUCUCUUGGUGAAGAUGCAGUGAGUCCUGGCCUUGGAUUUGUAGAUUCAUCAGUAUGA